GGCAUACGAGCCACCUGUCUUGUCGGCUGCAGCUCACUAGAUGGCACGUCAGCAGUGUCUCUGGCCAAUUACAGCGUGCCAUGUCAGCAAUUACAGCCCACCAGAAGCUACCACCACCAACCAACUCCUUGGCAUUUUCUCUUCCGGCGUCGGCAUUGUCGGUGGCAGGAGAAACAUUCGAAAUUUGGGUCGAAAGAUGAUACACCCAGAAUGGAGAGAAAAGAAGCUGUAUCCCAUUUUGGGUAUCCUCCUGCUUUCACUUCUUCUUUACCUUAAUUUCAAUGGAAACAUCAUCAGCCUCCCUAUCCUCUGGCAGCGAGAGAUGGGUUUUGUGUCCACGAAUUCUACACGCUUCGUCGUCGACGACGGGGAUGGAGGGAAACAACAAUCGGCGAUGUACAUUAAUGGGUGGAACUCGUAUUGGUUGAUGCAGGAGAGCGUGUGGGGUCAAUCGAGGUCAAGGGUGUCGAGGAUGUUGAAGAAAGGAGCAGAGAUGGGGAUGACUGUGUGCAGGACUUGGGCUUUCAGUGACGGCGGUGGCCCCAAUUCCUUGCAGAUAGCUCCUGGAGUCUUCAACGAAAGGGUCUUUCGGGGAUUGGAUUAUGUGAUUGUUGAAGCAAGGAAGCAUGGAAUAAGAUUGAUUCUGAGUCUAGUGAAUAACCUGAAUGCAUUUGGUGGGAAAGCUCAAUAUGUGAGGUGGGCAAAAGAAGCUGGAAUUAAUGUUUCUUCUUCAACUGAUGCUUUUUUUUCUCACCCAAAGAUCAAAGAUUACUACAAGGGUUACAUCAAGGCAAUUGUGUCAAGAAAGAACUCUCUGAGUGGAGUUAAAUAUUCUGAUGAACCAGCAAUUUUUGCGUGGGAGCUCAUGAAUGAGCCUCGGUGUGAAUCCAGUUCCUCUGCUCCUGUUCUUCAGGCAUGGAUUACUGAGAUGGCUGUGUAUGUCAAGGGUUUGGAUCAAAAGCAUUUAGUGACUGUUGGACUUGAGGGGUUCUAUGGCCUAAAUGCUAGCAAAAGACUGGAAAUAAAUCCUGGGAAAUGGGCAGCCUCACUUGGAUCAGACUUCAUACAGAAUUCAGUAAUUGAGAACAUUGACUUUGCUUCAGCUCAUGCAUACCCAGAUAGCUGGAUCCCAGAUGCUGAUUUGGAAGCAAAAGUUCAUUAUCUUUCCGACUGGGUGGACUCUCAUGUUAGUGAUGGAGAUCAUGUCCUGAAGAAACCUGUUCUCUUUACAGAAGUUGGUUCUUCAUUGCAUGUGACCCAGCAAGGACUAUAUGAUAGAGAUAUUCUGUUGAGAACCAUGUAUGAAAAAAUUUAUGAUUCAGCAAAGAAUGGGAAAGCUGGGGCAGGAGCCUUGAUUUGGCAGUUACUAGUGGAAGAAGUGGAUGAGUAUAGUGACCGAUUUUCUUUUGUGGCAUGGGAUAAUCCUUCCACCUACGAACUUAUAAGAAAUCAAUCAUGUAGACUUCAGAAUAUUUCUGGAAAGGGAAAAGGGAACAGCACACUUCAUGAGAUUCCUUGCUCUGGUCAGCUCUAUUGAUAGCAGUUUAUUACACAGUGAGUAUCGUACAGACAAAAUCUUGUUCCUCUUAAUGGUGAUGUUUAAAAUUAGUGUAUAUUUAUUUUUGGCCUAGGUGGUUUUUGUAAAUUUCUUCAAUGGAAACAAAAAUAAAAUGAAAAGUAAGAAAGAUAAGAACCAAGAAAGAAUGAUUGUAGUUGAAGUGUCAAGUAUUUUAAUAUGAUUGUAGUCGAAGUGUUAAGUAUUUUAAC